GAGGGAGGAGGUCUGACACUUCCGCCUCCGAAGAGGCUGGGCCGGAGCCGGGCUAGGGGCCGGAGCGGCGGCGGCGGCUGGAUGAGAGGGAGGAUGGAGCCCGAGCCGGAUCUGGAGCUGCUGCUUCAGGAGGCCCGGGAGAGCAUCGAGGCGGCGCAGAGCUACCGGCGCGAGCUGGGCCAGCGGCUGCAGGGGCUGCAGGCGGCGCAGAGGCAGAUCAAAGAGAGUGCAUCACAAACGAGAGAUGUUCUCAGGCAACAUUUUAAUGAUCUAAAGGGAACCCUCAGGAAGCUCUUGGAUGAACGAUUAGUGUCCUUGUUGCAAGAAGUGGACAUCAUUGAGCAGGAGACUAUCAAGCCAUUAGAUGAUUGCCAGAAACUUAUUGAACAUGGAGUCAACACGGCUGAAGAUUUGGUCCGAGAAGGUGAGAUUGCCAUACUUGGUGGUGUGGGAGAAAAGAAUGAAAAACUAUGGAGCUUUACCAAAAAGGCUUCUCACAUUCAAUUGGAUAGCUUGCCAGAAGUGCCUCUGCUGGUUGAUGUGCCUUGUUUAUCUGCUCAGUUGGAUGACUCAAUUCUCACCAUAGUCAAAGAUCAGAUUUUCAAUCAUGGCACAGUUGCAUCUCGGCCACCAGUACAGAUAGAAGAGCUCAUAGAAAAGCCUGGAGGUAUCAUAGUACGAUGGUGUAAGGUUGAUGAUGACUUUACAGCACAAGAUUACAGACUCCAGUUUCGUAAGAGUACAUCAAAUCAUUUUGAAGAUGUGUACGUUGGUUCUGAAACUGAGUUUAUAGUAUUACACAUAGAUCCCAAUGUUGAUUAUCAGUUCAGAGUAUGUGCUAGAGGGGAUGGUCGGCAGGAAUGGAGUCCCUGGAGUGUUCCACAGAUGGGCCAUUCUACAUUGGUGCCUCACGAGUGGACAGCUGGCUUUGAGGGAUAUAGCCUGAGCAGUCGAAGAAAUAUAGCACUAAGGAAUGAUUCCCAGGCAACAGGUGUUCUCUACUCCAGUGCUCCAACCUAUUUCUGUGGGCAGACAUUAACAUUCAGAGUCGAAACUGUGGGCCAGCCAGAUAGACGAGAUAGUAUUGGAGUUUGUGUAGAAAAGCAGAAUGGCUAUGACUCUCUGCAGCGUGAUCAAGCAGUGUGUAUUGGUACAAAUGGUGCCGUUUUUGUAAACGGGAAGGAGAUGACAAAUCAGUUGCCAGCAGUUACUUCUGGAUCCACUGUUACGUUUGACAUGGAAGCAGUGACGCUGGUUACCACUAAUAAUAACGAUACUGGGAACUUCAAGCUGAGAGUAACGAUUAGCUCUAAUAAUAGGGAAGUGGUUUUUGACUGGUUACUUGAUCAAUCCUAUGUUUCUCUUUACUUUGGAUGUUCAUUUUUUUACCCUGGUUGGAAAGUGUUAGUGUUUUAGCCUUUUGAUUAAUUAGUAUCAGGUUGAAGGUUUUGAGCAGAGAUAUCCUCAGCCAAGUUUAACCAAGUGACAAAGCCAGACUCAUCUCUCAAAUAGAAAUUGAAUGUGAUUCUAACGGGAUUCAUUUAAAAACAUAUGUAUUUCUUUGGACAAAAGCAUAAUGCAACCAAGUUUAUUUCCAAGUAUAUGGUAAGCAAAUACCACAUUAUGAUAAAUUUUAAAUGGAUUUCUCUGAUGUAAGGGUGAGUGGGAAGGGAGUGUCUUACACAGCCUGAAACCUUUCACUGCUUAUUAACUUUGGUUAUUAUAUUGGAAGAACUACAUUUACAUGCCCAUACAAUUAAAUCUGCAUAUUUUAAAACCAGAGUUUUGGAAAAGCUUUCAGGCAUGAUGCAGUUGUAUGUAGUAUAUUAACAGCAAUAGAUGGAAUUUGUUAGGGUUCAUAUGAAUUGCAAAUGUAGCACAUUCCACUUCUUUACAAUGUUUACCUUCUCUUGCUUUAUAGAUUUUAAUUUGUGACUGAAAAAAAGAUCCAGCUAGAAAUCAAGGUCCUGUUUUCUGUCUUUCAUUAGAUUAGCCAUUCUUCACCAGUGUGCCUUGUACAAAAUCAGGGAUUUUAAGAACAGUAUUGAAUUGUUGCAUUCAGUAAUAAUACUUAAGCCUUCAAAGCAUUUGACUUUCUGUAUUUGUUUUUUGUGCCUAAAGCAAAAACCUAAUCUAACCAAAGUAUAUAUAUAUAUAUUUUUUUUUUGCACAAACUUUGUAGUGAAGUUUGACAUUCUAGAAGAUGUUCACAGGGUAAAACUACUUACAGUAGUAGUACAUACAGUGUUAGCCAUAUUACAUAUAUUGGUGUGCAUGUGUAUAUGGCACAUGAUCUCUGGUAGUUUAUCAGCUUGUUUGUCUUUUAAGAACCGACCAAACAUAAAAUAAUACUUGAUUUUUUUGAGAUAACUUUACAUUUGUGUAAAAUAUUUAUUUUAAGACCCUACUAUGUUAAAAUAAUGGUCUUAACUAGCUAUACCAACUUACAAAAAAGUUUAAUGUGAAUUUUUUUAUCGGUAGGAACAUGUUUGAAAAAACAAGUUUGAUAUUUUUGUAAAAUAAUUUAUUUGGGGAUUCAGGUCCCUGCUCGACAAUCAUGAUGUUGUCCCUUUGAUUUUUUUAUAUAUUAGCAGUCUUUCAUUUUGUGAUAGUUAAAAGGAUGCGGCAGAUGUAAAUGCCUUAUCUAUUAGUGCUGAACCUGAAUAAAAUAAAGUACAAAACACA